AUGGAUGAUCGUGAACCAUGUCCCUACAGAAUUGGAGAUGAUGUUGGUGGUGCAUUUUCAUUAGGUCUAGCUGGUGGAUCUUUAUUUCAUGCUCACAGCGGAUUCAGAAACUCUCCAUGGGGUCAUAAACUUGUUGGUAUUAUGCGUGAGGUACGUACGCGAUCACCAGUCGUUGGUGGACAAUUUGCAGCAUGGGGUGGUUUGUUUAGCGCGAUUGAUUGUAGUUUAGUAGCUAUAAGAAAGAAGGAAGAUAUGCUCAAUCCAAUCGUAUCCGGUGGACUGACUGGUGCCCUACUAGCUGUACGAUCUGGUCCUAUGGUAAUGAUGGGCUCAGCAGCCGUCGGAGCGGUAAUAGUGGGGAUGAUUGAAGUAGCUUCAUUAGCAGUGGGUAAAUUUGCUGGAAUGGUAAUGAAUCCAAAUGCUCUACAACAACACGAGUUAGAAGAUCCGACAAUUUUAAGCGGAAAGCAACAGCAGAAGCACGGAAACACUGGAAGUAGUUCUACUUCUAGUGUUUCUGGAGAUGCGUCUUCUGUUCCAUUUUCAUUAGCUCAACCUUACUAA